CUUGCAAUCGAAAUUGUUUGCUGGGUGGUUUAUCGUUGCAACCACCUAACCACAAAUAGAGUCUCACAAGUUGCGAGUGGAAUACGAAGUUCAGUGGUUGCAAUCACUGUUGGCAUGGUUGCCCAGUUCAAUAAUAAUUGUUUAAUCGAUUCGGCACCAAAGUAGCUUUAGAAAUAUAAAGACGGUGUCAGUUUUUUGUUUUUGAGUUUUCAAACGAAAUAAACAAGAUACAUAAGUAUCUAAUUUAGCAAACUCACUAGACCCGAGGAACAUUUAACCGCUCCACCACCAUGGCAGACAAGGAAAGGAAAACUAAACUUAUCGAAAAGUAUGAAAUUCCAUUGCACCAUUUGGAUUUCGCCUAUAUUCGUGAGUGUAAAAACGCGCGGGAAAUGGAAAAGAUCGUACAAAUUUUACGUUCCGGUGAAGAAGGAUAUUUUCCAGAUCUCACAAAAUGCGCUGAAGAUAAGUUACGUGAAUUGAAACCAAACAGUCGCCUCUUUCGCUAUGAGGAAAAAUUGCAAGGCCGUGAGGCGCUCUCCAAUCAAGAUUGGAAACCGAUUUACGAAUGGACAAAUAAUAUAAAAGUAAAAGAUAAGGAAUUAUCUGUUGCUGAGAAGAUGGUAGCUGAUCUAGAUGUUCCCCCAGUGCGCAAAGGUGGCCCUAUCUUACAAUCAGGCGAAAGGGCGGAUUCGGUGUCAGCCCAAAGCGCCAUUGAUCGCACCAAGGAAAGCAAAACUAUAAAAAAGGCUAGCGACCGUAUAAAAUCGACUGACUACCAAAAAUGGGAUAAAUACGAUGCGGAUGAGGAGUGUAUACGUAUGGAAUUAGCAGAAGAGCGCGUGCAGGAAGAGAUUGAACGCAAGAAUCGACUCAAUAAACAAAAAUCCAAAACGCAGCGAAAUGUUGAAGGUGGCAGGGAUGCCAAGGAACGCGACGUGAAAAGCAAACUUACCGCAGUGGAACGGGAGAGUCUUUCAGAACAAUAUCGACUGCGUGGUAAUGACUAUUUUCGCGCUAAGGAAUAUGAUAACGCUAUUAACGAGUAUAAUCUCUCCAUUAACAUUUGUCCAGAGAAAGCGGCGCCAGCGUACAACAAUCGUGCCGCGGCGAAAAUAAAACUUAAAUGGUAUUCCGACGCUAUUAAAGAUUGUGAACAAUGCCUUCAGUUGGAGCCAGAUAACCUGAAGGCCAGAUUAAGGCUAGCAGAAGCGACUUAUUGUGACGGAGAAAGGCAAGAGUCGUAUGCAUUAUACCUGAAAGUAUUGGAAUUGGAGCCCGGAAAUGCCGCUGCCUUAAGAGCCAUAGCAGAACUAAAGAGUUUGUAUGGCGAUUUACCACCCCCUACUGCUACGCGUCUACAAAUUCAAGAGGAGAGUAAAACAAAAUCUAUGAACGACGGCAAAGUUUCAAAGAAGAAUAAAAAAUCUAAAAUCAUUGAAAAACAAACGACUAGUACCACACGGCUUGUGGAGUCGUCAGUUUCAACUCCAAGCGCUGCUUUAAAUCCGCUCAAAACAAAACCGAACGAUUAUGAUUUAUCAGACUUGAUUAAACCGAAUCGCUUAGUUAAAAAUAAAUUAGCCACUGCAGCUGCUGCAUUGAGCAAUAUGAAAACCGUUAAAACACAAAAGCAACAAAAAGGGCAAAAGGACACACCAAAAGAACUAACUGCUAUUAACAAGCAACCGCCUAAAUUUCAAACCGAGUUAAGGCUACCGAAUGAUACAUCCACGACUAAGAGGAAAAUUUUGAUCCAAGAGAUUUAAAACAACCAUAGCUUAACAUCACAUGCUCCCCCUUUUCUUUAUGAAUUUAAUACAAAUUAGCUCAAUGUUAAAUAUUAUUAGAUGCUUAAUUAAUA